AUGACUCCACUAAUUAUACGAGGGGAGACAAUCGCCGCAAAGCUGGACCUAUUAGGAGAAGAUGUGGAGGAAUCAGAUGAACAUAUUUGUAACAAUCGUGGUGUGGAUGAAGUGGAACUCUUGUCUUUAGUCGAAGAACAUAUACCCAAAUAUAAGCUCCGUUACGAUACUAUCACUGAAUUUACAGGCUAUGACAAUAACGACUGGUAUAUCAAGACUCCAGUCAUAGAUAGUGAUACUGUUGUCGACUUAAGUCCCGAAACUUUGUCGGAAACGUUGAAAUACUUUGUCCUCUCGGCUGAACGCUUGAGCCAAAUGACAAAGACUUACAAUGAUAUCGAAGUCGUUACCAAACUCUUGAGAGAA